GAAGUGGAAUGUCAAAAUAAAAGCUGAGUUUUGCGGACUUCUAUUAAAUUCUGCUGCUGGCGGAAAUGGGUCGUCUCAAGCGUCGCGCAGCAAAAAAGUUGCGUCCCUGGAAGCGCGCCAUCUAUGUUAGUCUGUCUGUGGUUACCACCGUGAUAGUGGCCAUCGUCUUGCUCUGGCAUUUCUUAUAUUACAAGUGUCCAUUUGGAAAGUCAUGCGAACCGGGUGGGAGGUGUCUGGGGACCCACCAGUGGUGUGAUGGUGUACAGGACUGUUCAAACGGAGCAGAUGAGGCCCAAUGCUUUCGCCUGCAGGGGAUCGAUUUCCUGUUGCAAAGUUAUUCAUCAAAGGACAACGCCUGGAUGCCUGUGUGUGCUGAGCAGUGGAAUGACGACUACGGGAUUACUGUGUGUGAGCAGAUGGGCUACGACAGAAACUUUUACGGGGGCUCUACUGAAGUCAGCUUUAGAACCUCAGCCCCAGCGGGAUACUUGAAGCUAAAGUCUGGAAGUAGCUAUAAAUCCCCAAUACAGUCACAGCUCCAACGCAGCUCACAGUGUUCAGUCAAAGCUGUUAAACUCCAUUGCAUUGAAUGUGGCAAGAGCUCCGGCGGUCGCAUCGUAGGCGGCACCGAGGCGAUGAACGGGGCUUGGCCGUGGCAGGUCAGCCUCCAGAUUUACUCUCAGCAUGUGUGCGGAGGCGCCAUCAUCAGCCCAAGCUGGAUCCUGAGUGCAGCACACUGCUUCAAACCAUUUUCUGAUCCUAAACUAUGGAUGGCAUCCUAUGGGGAAGUGGGCCUGCCAGACCUGCGACCUAGAAGGUCAGUGAAGAGAAUCAUUGGUCAUGAGUAUUUUGACUCUAAGACCAAUGCCUACGACAUUGCGUUGCUAAAACUCAAUAGGCCCAUCACUUUCACACAAAGAACAGUGAGACCAGUGUGUCUCCCCAAUGCUGGGCUUCAGGUAAAUAGCAGCAGUGAAGCCUGGAUCACUGGAUGGGGGCAAUUGUAUCCAUCUGGUACAUUUCCUGAUACACUACAUCAAGCUCAGAUUACCGUUUAUAGUACAGACGUAUGUAAUCAUCGUUACGUGCUGCAUGGGAAGGUAACCAAGACCAUGUUCUGCGCAGGCAAAAUGCAAGGAGGCGUCGAUUCCUGUCAAGGUGACAGUGGAGGACCUCUGGUGGUUAAGUCAGGACAUGUAUGGUGGCUAAUAGGGGUCACUAGCUGGGGCUAUGGAUGUGGUUUGAGGACCAAGCCAGGAAUGUACAGCAAUGUAACUUACUUUAGUGAUUGGAUACACAAACAAAUGCAGGAUGAGUGGCAGACAGAACUCUGAGGUUCCUACCGAUGCAUUUUGAAUCCAAAACCAAUUCAAUUCUUGAAUUUUUACCCAAUUCAAGAAUUGGGGGAAAAAAACCAUAUUAAAUAUUCUUGUUUCUCAAUGCAAGCAUUUAAUGUUUGCUUUUAGAAAAAAAAAAUCCAGCUAUU